CACACACGCACACACACACACACACACACACACACGCUGCAGCUGCUGCAUGGCUUGUUUCUGGGUUAUGGACACGCGAGUGUGUGUUUAUUUUUUCAUUGGCGAGAGACAGCAAGAGAGAGCGAGUGUGGCAUUCUGGGAAGGAAUGGGAGGAAAUGAGAGAGAGAGAAGGAUGAUGGAGGGAUAGAAGACGAAGAGAGACGCAAAACGAAUACGAUUUUAAUCGCGGUGAGAAGGGAGAAGUCCCUAGGUGAAGAUGUCAGGCAUGUCAGAGCUGAGAGAGUGUGAUGAGGCAAGUGAUUCAGUAGAGGGCGACACUGACAUACUUUUGGAGGAAGAAGAGGAAGAAGAUGAAGACGAGGAAGACGAGUCAGCAAGCAAUAAAGAGCUUGUAGAGAGACUCAGAGAGUUGGAGGCGGAGAACACAUCACUGUCUCUGGCAAACGAGAGUCAGAGAGAGGCGUAUGAGCGAUGUUUAGAUGAGGUGGCAAAUCAUGUAGUGCAGGCUCUGCUGAACCAGAAGGACCUGAGGGAGGAGUGUAUAAAGCUGAAGAUGCGUGUGUUUGAUCUGGAGCGACAGAACCAAACUCUGACUGACUUCCUCACACAUAAGCUGCACUUUUCCUCCUCACCUUUCCACCAGUUGUCGUCAGUAUCGUGUGCGGAUCACAGAUCGGAUGCAUCGCUGCUCAUCAGUGAGACACCGGACGCCGUGGGCUCUCAGAGCAAAGUGACGGACAGUGAUGAAUGCACACAAAACACACCUGAGAACUCAACUCAAGCUUCAGCAUCCUCCAUGGAGGCCAUGUCUCCAUUCCUCAAGAAGAAAGCACACAUCCUGGAGGUUCUUCGUAAGCUCGAGGAAUCAGAUCCCCUGAAGUUUCAUCCAUCAGCUUGCUAUCAUCAUCAUCAUCAUCGUCCUCACAGGCAGUCACUUUUAGCAGGAGAAGAGACUAGCCUGCUGAACCCGAGUCCACAUCAGCACCAGUAUAGACAGUCUAGUUCAGAUUCUGAUCUUCAUGAACACACUCAUGGUAUUGGUGAGGGACAUAAGGACAGUUGUGCAUCAAUAAACUUUGGAGGUUGCCCAUCUUGCCACAUCCUGCAACAGAGAUCAAGCCUGGAGUUGCUUAAGGUUAAUCAAGGACUCAGUGUGCCAUCAGGUUCUGGUAAAGAUGAAAAGAAGGAACAAAUGUGGUCAGAAGAACGUGGUGCUUCAGGACAGAAUACUGAAAAAGCACUAGGUCCAGACAAGACCAAUCAGCCUAGCUCAGAAGACCCAAAGAUUAAGUGCAACAAAAGACAAUCAAGCAAGGUCUCACCUUCAAAGUCAAAAGGUACUAAUAAUCAUCACAACGAUAAGAAAUCUGAAACUAUUUCAUCACCAAAGGGGGGGAGACUGAAGGAGACCCUCAAAGUUGCCACACCAUCUGAAAUACAACAGCCUGAGAUCUGCAAUGGAAUCUCCAAGAAAGCAUCAGUUGGAUCAUAUUCUUCAGCCUCACUGCCGGAGAGAAGUACAGCAGCAUUUUCACAGCAGCCAACUGCUGAAAAAAAGCCUAGACAAAGUCCAGUGUCAUUGUGUGGUGAGUCUAAACCGUCAACAUCGAUGCUCCUGAAGUUGCUCAGGAUACCUUCAGCAUCUGAGAACAUGGCAUCACGUUUGAGUCCUCAACUGACACGAAAUUCAAAAAUCCCAUGCAGGAAUAACUAUGAAAUGCAGACACAGAAGGUGACCACAACAGAACGAACUAUCAGCCCUGAAGUAGGUUCACACCCUGGCACCCAUUCAGCUCCAACAUCUCCACCAAAUCCUGAGGAAACAUCUUCCAUUCAUAUGGGAGUUCCAGACUUUAGUAGUCAGUCUGCCCCUAAACCAAGCAAGGAUUCUAAGGCAGGUGCUCAGGUACCUACCUAUGAAAAUGUUGUUGUUCCAUCCACUUCCAACUCCACCACAGCUACCAAAGACACCACAGAACUUUCUGAAAAGCAAAAAAUGAACUGGAGAGAUGAAAAGGUCCUUAAUCCACUUUCCUCUGAUUCAUCAACAAGCACAAGUGAGUCUUCUUCCUCCUCAUCAGAUCAGGACACAGACACAGAAAGUCCAGUUUGGCAAAGAUCUCAGCACCAUUUCAGCCUCCCAAACUCAUCAUCUUCUGCUAAUAAAUCCCAGAGGAUGAGCUACCCUAGCAUGAAAGAUGGAUAUAAUGAAAGAGGACCUACAGCUGCAUCUCCAAAGGGUGGAUCUUCUAGUGCAUCUCAGGUUGUGGUCAAAAGAAGAGACAGACAACUGUCAGUGCAAGACAGGAAAGAGAUCAGCAGCAGCUACAGUGAGGUGAGUUAUCAUCCCUUCAAAGAACGCUUGGCAGUCCUUGGAAGAUUGCAAAAUGUAGAAGAUGUGCAUCAGCUAGGAGUAAAAAGAGGGUCACAAGUUAGCGUUAUCAGAGGUGCUGCAUCCACUGGGAAAGGAGAACGAAGCAAAACAGCAGAAAGACAAAUCGAGAGAAUCACAAUAGAGCAGCGAAAACACAUCGGCAUCGAAGAAAAAUCAUAUCCUAAAAAUAGCUUUGGCAGUUAUGCCAAGGUCCACGCAUCAUCAGCAGCUGCAGCAGAAAGGAAGAACAUCACAAAGCCAGAUAGUCAGAAGACCAGAGCAGGAUUGCCUUUGACAGCCUCGUGUGAAACGCUGGUAGUAAUGAGAAGCUACGGGAAGUGCCCCAAUCCCAUGAACAAAACUGUACCAAGUCCCCAGAAUAGUCCUGCCAGAGCAAAAUCCAAGUCUCCAUCCAAGGCUGGAAAUGCCUCUUCUUGUCCUCGAGGAAUGAAACCAGUUCCAGAGGAGCAACUAAACAUUCGGAAGCAUCAGUCACCCAAACCCACUGCUGGUAAGAAAAAGACUUUUACACAUGUAGACACCUUCCCUCCUCCCCUUCCAUCAAAAUCUGCACUCAGCUCAGCCAAGGCCACUCAGGACAAAAGACCUUCUGUUCCACAGUCCUCUAUUGAGCAGAAGGUGAUGCAAGGAAUCCAGGAGAAUGUCCUUAAACUGCAGGUACAGGAUCGAGGACAAGCUGCAGAAACAAAACAGAAAGCAUCCAAUGGGAUUGCGAGUUGGUUUGGGUUGAAGAAAAGCAAGCUUCCUGCCCUGAGUCGCAAACCUGAAAUGUCCAAAAUCAAAUCAAACGCAUCUUCAACAUCCGCUUCCUCAGGAACCAAAGACAUCUUGGGGGACAAGGGAGGGUCCAGGAAAGUAGUGGAAAGUUUAAACAUCUCAAAGCUCAUGGAGAAGGCAGAGGAUUUACGGAAGGCUUUGGAGGACGAAAGGGUUUAUGUGAAAGGAGUUGGAAUUCCGCUGGAUCGUUCAGCGAGAGGGCGUUCGUGUGAAGUUAUUGUGGACCAAACACAAGGGCAGUUAUCUCUGAUGUACACAGGAGUGACGGGGGACAGCUUCAUGCAGCAGCUGCUCAACAGGGUGGAUGAAAGUGGAGCCUCCAGUUUCGGCAUCAUGCACCGGCGUCUUUCCUUUGACUCCAAAAGUUCACAUCCUGUUUUCAGCCAUCAGCAAAGCUUCGUCCGUCAAACCAGGAGCGGAGAGGAGAUAAAGUGUUCAGAAAUGAGCCGAGGUGAUGACGUGACGUCUGAUGAGAGUCUGACCGAGUCCGUCAGCUCACAGCACUUUAAAGGCUCCAUGCGCACUCUGGACAGUGGGAUUGGGACGUUUCCGCUUCCCGACUACAUCAACAACGCUGCCGGAAAACUGAACCCUAAACUCCACAGUUCAUCUGUUUCUCACCAAGCAGCAAUGAAACCUCGAAAAACACGAACCCUCGAGGGAGGACUAGCAUCUUUAGACGAAGUGAACACUUCUGUACUCUACACUUCUCCACUAGAGGCCAAGGGAACAAGUGUCCAUCAGCCCAGCACCAUCCAUGAAGACAUUGAUGCCUAUGGUGCUCAUUUUCAAGCCCCGCCCUCUGCAAACUGGGCGUUUCCCAAACCGAGAGGCUCCGAGGGACAGGCGGAGCCACAGAGUCAACAAACACCCAAGCAGACUUUGGAUAAAGUUCCUCAGGUUCCUCAUGAUGUGGAACCAAGAAACCUUUCACCAACAGGAGGGCGACGGGGGAGGAGUCAAAGUCAUGGAGCCCAGGACACGGUGAAAGAUGGAAAGGCAGAUUUAAUGAAGGAACGAAGUGAAGAACUUUUAUCUCCUAACCGUCCUCAAACGUCUGAAACCCCAGAAUCCCUCAGCGACUCGCUGUAUGACAGUUUGUCCUCGUGCGGGAGUCAGGGAUAACAAAGAAAAGGAAAAACAUUGUAAAGUGAGAUCAUCUCCUGCUGAAGAUCCAAAAGCAGGAUCUGAUCCUUCAGCAGCUCUCACACUAACAUCUGAUUUCUAUCAGUUUGGCCGAAACAUUUUUGAACUGAAAUAAUGAAAAAAUCUGAAGUGAGGAAAAAUAUCAGCUACGUUCUGCACUAAAAGAACCACACACACACACACACACACACACACACACACACACACACUCACUCA